AGUGUGCUGCAGGCUGAGGGUCGGGGGCUGGACACACUGUAUAAAACCCGCUGCUGUGAAACCCGGAGUCACUCAGUCAGAACCGCAGCAGCAGAACCGGGCCGAGCCGAGGCGAGGCGGCGGGAGGAGGAGCCGUGUGGAGACUGAGGGGUGGAGCUGCUGGAGCUGCUGUUCCUCUCCGCCCAGAGAAACUGCGCAGUCUGAGCUUCACACAGCGCCGAGAACCAGACCCUCAACAUGCGGAGCACCGGACCCAGAGUAACGGCGAGUAUUCCGUAGUAACGGCAGGUAACCCUUGGUAACGGCAAAAAGCAGCGUAACCCUUGGUAACCGCGAGUAACGGCGAGGGGCAGGUGUGCGGAUUAGAGCAUCCUAUAGCCUCGGCUGCAGGGUCGCGCUACCGGAGACUGAGCUCUGCGGGAGAAGGAGGCUACGGUACCGGGUCCGGGGACUGAGCGCUGCGGGGUUAGAGGAGCAGAUGUGCGGCUCUCAGGUUCCUCUCACCCAGCGCUAAAAUGGCCUCUACAAUCGAGAGGAAAACACUGGAAGCUAAUGAAGAACCUGUGGAUGAGGUCCUCCAGGUACCUCCAUCACUGCUGUCCUGUGGUGGAUGUCACCAAAGUAUCGGAGAUCGCUUCUUCCUCAAGGCCAUUGAGCAGUACUGGCACGAGGACUGUCUGAGCUGUGAUCUCUGCGGCUGUCGGCUGGGGGAAGUUGGCCGGAGGCUUUACUAUAAACUGGGCAGGAAGCUGUGCAGGAGAGACUAUCUCAGACUUUUUGGCCAGGAUGGACUCUGCGCUUCGUGUGAGAAGAGGAUCCGGGCGUUUGAAAUGACUAUGCGAGUGCGUGAUAAAGUGUACCACCUUGAGUGCUUCAAGUGUGCAGCGUGCCAGAAGCACUUCUGCGUUGGAGACCGAUAUCUGCUCAUCAACUCGGACAUUGUGUGUGAGCAGGACAUAUUUGAGUGGACCAAACUAAACGGCAACUUGGUAUAAUUUCUUUCAAAAAGUGUUGAUGCCGUUCCAGGAUCAACAGUGAUCCCUUUACAAUCAGCUAAAAAUGCAGAUCUGCGUAUAAUUAUGCAUAUAAUGAUGCAGUGCAGUUUUUACUUUACGUUUGUGCACCCCUCAUAUUGCAUGUCCCCUCCAGAGGACACAGUAAUCUGUACAUUCUAAUGAAUAAUUAUUGUCUAUGUGCUUUAUUUAGCAUAAUGCAAAAAAGUUGAGUGUGCAAAAACAAUUAAACAUCAAAUAGUUUUUAGCAUAUUAAAUAUAGAAAACAAGUAAGAAUUGAGCUCUGAAUGCACAGAAACGAAAUAUCAGGGUUCCUGCAGGUCCUUAAAAAAUCUUAAAAUGUCUUAAAUUAAAAUCCGGGUAAUUAAGGUCUAAAACUGUAUUAAAUUUACUGUAAAUUUGCGUUACAUUUUCAGACUGUGCAUUUAAUGCCAGUAGAAAGGGCACAUGCUAACUUUAGCAGUGAAUAAGCUAACGUUACCAGAAAGAGAACUAAGGUUAGCGGAGAGCUAGCUAACGCUAACGUUAGCAGUGAGUUAACUACGUUUCAGAGCUAAUGGAGCAAAUGGAGCGUUUCCAAUGCAACAAAUUUUUUCCCAUUAAACCAAAUAUGUCUUAAAUUUUAUUUAUUGAGGUCUUAAACAGGUCUUAAAAAGCAUUAAAUUGGACUUUUAAAAUGGUGCAAGAACCCUGAAUAUAUGUAAGUUUGUUUUCCUGUGGUUUAUUCUCUUAGAAAAUCAACUCAACAGGUCUGUCAUUUGACCUGAUGCUUUCAAACCAUGAAUAAUAUUAUUCAAGAAACAAAUCUCAUAUUUUUUUAUGUAUAAAAGCAAUAAUCCUUUUUGCAGUGAUGAUAAACAUAGAGACGUGAUUACUGGCAGAUAAAACAGUCGUUUUGUUAGAGAGCCACAUGCAUUUUGCUACAGAUGUGUGAAUAUAUUUAUAGUAUAAACAAAUGAUCACUUCAGUGAAACCAGUUCUCAGACCUUCAUGAUUCUCUGCUUUAAUCUGGCAGCCAGUGGCUCUAAAUUGUGGUGUUUUUUUAAUCUGAGAACUCUUUCGUGCCUUGUGGGCAGUUUUUCUUAACUUGCACAAAAUUGGAAGUGAUGAGUCAGUAUAAAACUUUUGAUAAUCAUGUUGGCAAGAAAAAUUGGGAUAUUUUUAUAGUCCUAAGUCCAAUCAGUGUUAAAACAGUACACUGUACACAGGGGUGGAUGGGUAAACACUGAAUGAUUGCUGUUUUUUAAUUCCAAUCUUUAUUUAGAAAAUUGUUCCUAACAUUAAAAUGUCAAUGUUGUUUUCUUUAAUCUAUUUGAUGCAGAAAUAUGAAAACAAAUUCUGCCAAUAAAUGUGUAGAAUAGAA